AACCAUGGACUCAAAGAUAAACCUCGAAAUUGUCGGCUUAAUUACAGACCAUACUUUUUGCAUCGCCAGAAGUAUUGCCGAGGGACUAAAGCAGAAGUUUCCGAAGGCAUUUCUCGAUCCAAAAGUUCAACCUCUACUGGAAUUUGACUGGCACACAUAUCUGUCCGAAAAGAAAAAGGAGUUGCGUGGUGAAGCGUGGCAGUACUCCAGCAGCCUAAUGUGCUUUCUGAACGGCCUUCUCCUUGGUAAUGAGAAGGAUCUCGCCUGCUGGGCCGAGAAUCAGUGGAGUUUCUCUUUCACUCGGCCACAGGCUUUCUAUACGGCUCUCGCUGAGGACUACUACACCAAACACCUCCAGAACAAUGGGCAUCGGUUUGUCUUCAUGAACAUUGACAUAGCAGGAGAGGCCGUGGGGAAGUUAUUGUUUGAGCUGUUCUCAGAUGUUUGUCCAAAGACAUCAAAGAACUUUGAGGCUCUGUGCACAGGAGAGCGCGGUCUGUCACAGAGCGGCCUCCCUCUUUGCUACAAGGGCUCUAUGUUUCAUCGUGUGGUGCCUAACGGCUGGGUGCAAGGUGGAGAUAUUUCUCCAGAGAGUAAAGGUGAUGGAGGGGAGUCAAUCUAUGGACCAACAUUUGAAGGUAAAAAACAUAUAAACAUUCCAACACAUCGGCAGUAUUGCCAUGAAAACCCACGAGUGUAUAUUAGUGGAUUUAUUUGUAAAUUCACCUCAACAUGUGUCCUUUCUCUUUUUAGAUGA